UACUGUUACAUCAUUUUCAGACACUGGCAUGAUCAGGGGCUGCACCACAAGUGUAAUUUAGCUAAUUACCAAAGGCUUGGCUACAGUUCCUCAUCUUGAGCAUCUCAUCCUGUGCAGUGUGGUCUAAUGCAGGUACCCUCCUCCCCCUAGCAGGGCUGUUUCCCAAAUAUUUUUACAUGCACUCAAGAAAUUCACUAUUUCUACUUCUAGUUAAGAAGUCAUAAGCAAGUCUUACAAAACAUGUAACUGACUGAAAACCACCACGUACUUCAAUAAUAUGCCAUCCGGCUGUUUUCGAGCCAACAGGAUAUGCCCAGCUCUUAUUUUCAGUCUUUCUCACAGCGACUGGCAGGAAUAUUUUUUGCUUUUAAGCUGAAAGCAGACAUCCCACAAUGACUCGCUCCAGAAACCAGCAGGUGAAGGCGGCCCCGGCGUGCAAGCCAUGCCGUUAGCUCCUCAGAGCUGGCAGUGCUGGAACUGUGUGUGGAGCAGGAGAUGGCAGCCUGGGUGCCCUUGCGGUUACAGGGCCGACCACAGUCAGGCCUGAACCUGUUCCCCACCCCCCCCCCCCCAUAGUUUCCUAUCGUAGCCCACACAGCUGGAAACACCACCUUGAGUCAAAAAUAAAUUUUGCUGCGUGCAGUGGAAGGGCGACGCGGUGGCCUCUCCCAGGAGGGGGGCGGCUGACACCCAGGGAGCAGCGCUGUCCUUUGCCUCCAAGCACCCCAGAGGCUUUAGGGGCGCCUGUGAAACAAACAGAAAAAAAAAAAAAAAACAACCUAAAAAGCACAGGGUGUGGGUGGGGAAGGAAAGAGUCAGCUGCGUGUGGGGCUGGGGACCCCACCUUCCUGUCAGGAGGCUCCGCAGAAGCGAGCGGCGGCCCCAAGGAGAGGAAAGGGCGGGGGGCAGGCGGGAAGGGCCGUUGGCACCCCCCAGCCGUUGGCCUCACAGGGCAGCCGUUGCUGUGGGGGCGGCAUGGCGGGGGGCGGCAAGAGGCCAUGCUCCCCCCCACGAGUCCUCCUGGGGAUGGUGGCAGUGGUGGUGGCAGCGGCAGGCUGGGGUGCCCUAGCUGGAGCAAGUGCUGUACCUGAAGAAGAGCUACGUUCUGUUGGCUUAAUUCAAAAUAAUUAUAUUUAUGCUGACAUCAAACGUGAAGUUAAAGUGUAUGUUAAAGUAUUUACAAAUAGUCCAUUUCUGGUAUGCAUGGAUUUGUCUCUUUCUCAAGAAGAAAUAAUAGAUCCCAAGUAUUUGUGGAUUGGUCCAGAUGGAAAAAAUUUAGAAGGGCAAAUAUAUGCGAAUCUUACAGAAACUGGAAAGUUGAUGCUGAUGGGUUUUAAGGAGUCCAUGUCUGGAGCCUACACUUGCACUCUUUCUCACAGAAUCAUAGAAACUAUGACACAAGAAGAAGUAGACGUGUUUGAGACAUAUAAGUUUAUGUUAUACGCAUACAGGGAAGCUGACCACGCAUAUCAGAUAUCUGUUCGCUUUACUACAAAGGGAUGUGAGCUAGCAGCUAAUGCCCAGUUCUUUGAGGAACUGAAGAAAAUCUUAGACAACAUAAUUUCUGAUCUGACAUGCCACAUCAUAGAGUCAUCGUACAAAUGCCAUUCCAUCAGGAUACCAAACCAAGGCCUUCUGCAUGAGCUAUUUGUUACUUUUCAAGUUAAUCCUUUUGCACCCGGAUGGGAAGAAGUUUGCCAACAGGUUCCUUAUGACUGUGAAGAUGCAACAAACAUGAAAGUCCAAGAGGCAAGAGAUCGGAUUGGAGAGUUUUUCAGUAGGCAGACGUACGCUUUGAAGCACGAGUUUCAAACUGCCCCUACAAUACACUACGUGGACAACAGCUUCUCAGUUACCCACGUUGACAGCUGUCAACCAGGUUUUGGGAAAAACGAUAUCACCCACCAGAACUGUGCUGGUUGCUGUGUGGUUUGCGAACCUGGAACAUACAGUCCUAACAACGAAGUCACCUGCCACAUUUGUACCAGGCCUCACAUCAAGAAGUACGGAGCAAGGUUUUGCUAAUAAACAUACGACAGAAAUUGGAAAAU